AUGUUAUCACCAGGGGAUCAAUUGGAAUAUAGUGCUUCAUUGUUAGACAUGCCAGAUUUACCAAAUUGGAUGUUCUGUCAUCACCCUGAAAACUCAAGUGAUGCUUUUCUUUAUGGAUCUGCUGAAGACUCAGGACUUGUAGAAAUAGAGAUUGUUGCUUUAAAUAAAAAUACCUAUGAAACGUCUCGAAAAAUUAUGAAACUGGAAGUGGAACCACGAUCAAGUGUGGCUCAAUAUGAAGUAGAAAUGAAAUUCCUCAAUUUGAAUGUUGAUGAUAUGUUCCGAUCCGACAGGUUAAAUCGUCUUGUGGAAGUUUUUAAAGGUAACCUUUGGAAAGAUAGCAGUGAGAUUUAUAUUACUAAAGUUGUAUCAUCUUUAGAUGUCGGAGGUCGUCUACCAUUGAACCCAAAUGAAAAAGAAGGAGUUGUUGUUCGAAUUGGUGGUAUUUAUGUGUUUUCUCGAGAUCUUGAAGAUUUGGAAAGAGAAGUACAACCUUUGCGAAAUAGAUCACCAUGUCCAAGAGAUUAUAAAAGGACUUCAGUUGAGCGCUUAUUUCGUAGCAGAAAUUUUGUGGCUGAUUGGUGCAGUUUUCGCUUAUUAUCUGGGCUUAAUCAAGGAAAAUCUGAAUCUAGUCAUGGAUGGUCGGAUAAUCCAUAUUCAUCCAUUUCCUUAACAAGUGACGAUUAUGCACCUCCUUAUAGCAGUCUUCCUCGUCGUGAUUUUGUGUUUGAUUUCGUUGUGUCAAUUGUUAUUCCUUCAGCAAUAGUUGGUAUUUUGUCAUCUGCUCUAACUUGCAUCAUGUGUUGCAGUAGAGAUAGAGUAGAGAAGAAGGGGGAUUCUAAUAGCUUACAAAUGGAUCAUUAUAGUACUUUACAACAUGCAUCAGUUAAAGCUUCUAGAUUGUCAGUGAAGAGAAAUAGUUUGCCUGAAUCUGCUUCAACUCCAGCUUCUUCUUUUCCAUGCUCUAAUGCAAACAGUCCUUCAGUGACUCUUUCUAAAGGCUGUACUCUUAGGUCAUCAAGUAGAACAGGCACUACUCGAGGGAUUAUGAUUCCACCUCCACCUCCUUAUACUCCAACAAGGCAAGUAUCACAUUCUCAUAUUUUCCUGAAAAAUUAG